UGGUUGGUCGAUUCCGCGGCGUUGAAUCUCCACCAGAAAAGCAUGGCGGCCGGGAGUGGGUGGCCUGGGACUGAGACACAGACUGAGGGAUGAAGAAAGAGGAUGAGCUAGGAUCACAAAGCCUGAACUUAUUUUCACCAUUUUUUCCAGACUGUUGUCUGUGCUAAAAUACAGUAGACGCCCUUGCAUCUUUCAAAUCGAAACUAAUGAGCGCUGCAUGUUGUUUGUCGCUCUCGGGUCUCGCCACAAAAAACCAACCACCGCCGGCUCUCAUCAUGAUUGGGGCAAGUUUUGAAACGCGGCACUAGGAUGGUGAGCUGAGCAGCAAGCAGCGAGGUGUUACGAAGAAGUGUUGACUACGGGUUUCCUCUGGAAAUGAGCGACUUCGGCCGGCGGUGGUGCGGCUCGUGCGAGGAGGCGCGCGCGCUGGGUGCCGCGUAGUUCAGUCGUGUGGCUCCUGAGUCCUGUUCGCUCUCCGCUCCCAGCCCGUGCCGCGUGCGCGCCCCGGUCGGUCGGUCAGUCCCCCCCUUCUUCUGUUUGUCUCCCUAAAUGCAGCGCUUUGCCCGAGCUUUGUUCCCUCGGAUGUCGCCGGCAGCCUGCUGAGGUCCGCUCCUCUUCAUCUGUUGCCCUUCUGUCUUUCUCUGGCUUUAUAAUCGCCUCACAAUUCAUCGUCCUCGUCCAUUUGGCGGAGAAAUGCGCGAGUACAAGGUGGUGGUGCUCGGCAGCGGCGGCGUCGGGAAAUCCGCCCUCACCGUGCAGUUCGUCACCGGGACCUUCAUCGAGAAGUACGACCCCACCAUCGAGGACUUCUACCGCAAGGAGAUCGAGGUGGACUCGUCACCCUCCGUGCUGGAGAUCCUGGACACGGCCGGCACCGAGCAGUUCGCCUCCAUGAGGGACCUCUACAUCAAGAACGGCCAGGGCUUCAUCCUGGUCUACAGCCUGGUGAACCAGCAGAGCUUCCAGGACAUCAAGCCCAUGAGGGAUCAGAUCAUCAGAGUCAAAAGAAGCGGCACAACCUGCAGCCAAACGUGGCGAAUGGGACAGGAUGCUCUUCAAACAGCACUGAACCAAUUUGUGUGUCUGCAUCGAUGGGCAGCGAUCAGCUCGUCUAUCUCUCGGACCAGCAGCAGUCCCGUAUUUCAAAUGCUGUCAAGCUCAGUCACACCCUUAGUAGCGUGGUAUGAGAAGGUACCAGUGAUCCUGGUGGGCAACAAGGUGGACCUGGAGAGCGAAAGAGAGGUGUCGUCGGGCGAGGGCCAGGCGCUGGCCCAGGAGUGGGGCUGCCCCUUCAUGGAGACGUCAGCCAAGAGCAAGACCAUGGUGGACGAGCUGUUUGCGGAGAUUGUGCGCCAGAUGGACUCCGGGGCGCAGCCCGACAAGGACGACCCCUGCUGCUCCUCCUGCAGUAUACAAUAGCCCUGGGCCUGUGAAAAGGACGGGGCAAGGAGCGGGCAGGCUGGGGUGCCUCCUCGCAGAACUUGGGUACAACCACCACAAGCAAUCAUAAAAUUUUACUAAAGAUAAAAAGGUGCAAAAAAUAAGAAUUGUGAUGGGUGUUUUGAUGCUUAUAACCAGUCGUACAUUAACUGUGAUUUAAUAUUGAUGGCGAUGUUCAUGAGUAGCAGUUCAUAAAGAGUGCAGAGAAGAGGCAGCCAAAGGAAUUGCCAAAUUGCAGAGAAGUGCUCUUGUGUUUUUUCAGCCCUGUGAAGGUGCUGGGACGGUUGUGGAGAAGUGUCCGAGUGUUACCUGGGAUAAGGGCACCACUGGGCAGGAUGUCGCUUGCGUGAAGUACUGCAAUUUCACCACCACUUUGUUUUAUUUUUAUUUUAUAUAAAUAAUUGGUUUUAUGUGUGACCUUUGUUUUUAUGACCCGCUGCCUCCUAGGGUGAGCCUGGGGUCACAACUACCAAUGUACUGUACCUUAUGAACCCACCCCAUCUAUUUGUUUUCGGUCCAGAUGCGAUCAGGCAUUUACAUGCAGAGCAGAACUUGUGCCUUGAUCCAUGGGGAAUUUUGGAAAGGUUAUUUAAUAGUACCUCUGUUUUCUGUUUUAAUGCCUUUCCUGGCGAGACAACGGCAGAGCAGAAAGCAGCUCUCUCUGCGUUUGUUAAAAAGCUUGAUAUCGCUGCUUGUUCUCCCCUUUUCUCCGACAGUUCUAACAAAGUGAGGAGGUCACACAGCCCAGUGUACUGAAGUGGCUUUUCUUUCUUUCCACCAUUUUCACUGCCACACACCUUGGCUUAAGGGCAACCCCAUUGCCUUUCAGCGUGCCCACAGAAGCCUUUUUUGGGUUCGAAAGCUUCGUAGACAGUGCCGGAACUCCUAUAAUUCUGUGUAUGAGGUGAUCCAUUUGCGCUCUGAGGGAGUUUAGCGAGAGCUCCAAGCAUUGCGCCAUUGUGUUGGCUCUCGUCACUUAUGUUUUGGAUAUAGGACCUGAUAGUUUCUUAUUAAUGAUAUUAACUGUAAAGAAAACUAGCAGCAAGUACGAGGACAUAUUUGGUAUGGGCGGUGCAUGAGCUCCACAGAAGAUUUCGCACUCGUGGCAGAAUGGCCAGUCGUAAUGCAUGGCUAGCUAGCGACAAAAGGAAUCCGUGGUCUGAGAUUUUAGGCCAUCAGAUUGCAUACCGAGCUGGCUCUCGCCUACAGCCGGACCUCAGGAAUCUGACGCUCUCGGAACUCUGUGCUUUUGUUGGCAGUGGAGAAAGUAGGCUGCUGCCGCGUUACCUUUUUAUCCCUGAUUUUAGUUUGUUUUUAUUAACAGUUGAUUCUGUCCCCCUCCUUUUGGUCUGUCACCUAGAAAUGAAAUUGUAAUUUUUUUUUAAUACUACCAACCCAUGUACAUUUUGAGAACUUUCUCGUGAAGGCAAAAGGAGUAUUUUAAGGUGUGUCUUUUCUCCACUCCGCUCCGCUUUUCUUAAGAGAUACGAAUUGACAUUUGUUUGUCUCCUGGGCCACUUGCACUGUGCUGGACCUUGGCAAAGGCACAGCGGCUCUGCGCUGACGUGCUCUACGAGCCUUCGAUCCCUGAAGCAGCUUGCAACACAGGCAGCUAACUUUUGUCUGCUUCGCCCAUGUUUUCACUUCUAGUUGACUUUUCCUUACGUUCUUCAUAAGAAGUAUUCAUUCCUCCCUCAAAGGAAUGUAGUUUAUGGAGGUUGGGCACAGCUACCAAGCAAUUUUGCGUUUGGGUCUCAUGCUUACUUUGGGUCUCUUAAAGGCUGAUCCUUUGGGUUGGUCUGUAAUUCGGUGUGAAAUGCUUCAGCCAUGUUUAUGUUAGUGAUGCAGUCUGUCUGUAAUGGAAUAAAAUAAAUGCAUUACAUCAUUUCAGCACCCCCCACCCACCCCUUUCCACUCUGUAAGGAAAAAAAACAGGACUGAAAUAUCCAUGAUGACAAUAAUCAUGACAAUAAAAAGAAAUCUA